GGUACCAACCCCUGAAGCUGUUGCGCUGGGGUUGGCGAGCUUGGCGGCUACAGGUCCCGCGGCGGCGUCUGUGGGGGACCCUGGCCGCGGGCUGAGGCGGGAGGCUCGCGACCGAGGCACUUGGCGAUGGUGGGCGUCCCUGGAGCGGCCGCCUUCCAGCUUGGUCCUGAGAAAAGGGUACCAGCAAUGCCUGGAUCGCCUGUGGAAGUGAAGAUACAGUCAAGAUCCUCACCUCCCACCAUGCCACCCCUCCCACCAAUAAAUUCUGGAGGACCUAGGCCAGUGUCAUUUACUCCUACAGCAUUAAGCAAUGGUACCAACCAUUCUCCUCCCACCCUGAAUGGUGCCCCGUCACCACCACAGAGAUUCAGCAAUGGCCCUGCCUCUUCCACAUCUUCUGCACUAACAAAUCAACAAUUGCCAGCCACUUGUGGUGCUCGGCAGCUCAGCAAGUUAAAACGCUUCCUCACCACUCUGCAACAGUUUGGCAAUGACAUCUCACCUGAGAUUGGGGAGAAAGUGCGGACUCUUGUUCUUGCACUGGUGAACUCAACAGUAACAAUUGAAGAAUUCCAUUGCAAGCUCCAAGAAGCUACAAACUUUCCUCUUCGUCCUUUUGUGAUUCCAUUCCUCAAGGCCAACCUGCCCCUGCUGCAGCGAGAACUGCUGCACUGCGCUCGAGCCGCCAAGCAGACCCCAUCCCAGUACCUGGCUCAGCACGAACACCUUCUGCUCAACACAAGUAUCGCAUCACCUGCUGACUCUUCUGAGCUGCUCAUGGAAGUGCAUGGAAAUGGCAAGAGGCCCAGUCCAGAAAGGAGGGAAGAAAACAGUUUUGAAAGAGAUACAAUUCCUCCUGAGCCUCCUGCCAAGAGAGUGUGUACAAUCAGCCCUGCUCCUCGGCAUAGUCCUGCCCUCACUGUGCCCCUUAUGAAUCCUGGGGGCCAGUUUCAUCCUACACCUCCACCUCUUCAGCACUACACCUUAGAAGAUAUUGCAACUUCCCACCUGUAUCGCGAACCCAACAAGAUGCUAGAACACCGAGAAGUUCGUGAUAGACACCACAGUCUUAGUCUAAAUGGAGGCUAUCAAGAUGAGUUGGUAGACCACCGUUUGACAGAAAGGGAAUGGGCUGAUGAAUGGAAACAUCUUGAUCAUGCUCUGAACUGCAUUAUGGAAAUGGUAGAAAAAACAAGGCGCUCCAUGGCAGUUCUGCGGCGCUGUCAGGAAUCUGAUCGUGAAGAACUCAACUACUGGAAGAGACGAUAUAACGAAAACACAGAGAUGAGGAAAACUGGGAGCGAACUGGUCUCCAGGCAGCACAGUCCUGGGAGUGCAGAUUCUCUCAGCAAUGAGUCUCAGCGGGAAUUCAAUAGUAGGCCAGCAACAGGAUAUGUACCUGUGGAGUUUUGGAAAAAAACUGAAGAAGCUGUGAAUAAGGUGAAAAUUCAGGCCAUGUCGGAAGUACAGAAAGCCGUUGCUGAGGCAGAGCAAAAAGCCUUUGAAGUGAUUGCGACAGAGAGAGCUCGAAUGGAGCAAACCAUAGCAGACGUCAAACGGCAGGCGGCGGAGGAUGCCUUCCUCGUCAUAAAUGAGCAAGAAGAGUCAACAGAGAACUGCUGGAACUGUGGCCGCAAAGCCAGCGAGACCUGCAGUGGCUGCAAUAUAGCACGAUACUGCGGCUCUUUCUGCCAACACAAGGACUGGGAGCGGCACCACCGCCUUUGUGGCCAGAACCUGCACGGCCAGAGUCCUCACAGCCAGAGCCGGCCACUGCUUCCUGGAGGGAGGUCUGCCAGGUCUGCCGACUGCAGCGUUCCAAGCCCAGCCCUGGACAAGACCUCAGCCACCACCUCGCGUUCCUCAACACCUGCCUCUGUGACAGCCAUCGACACCAACGGACUCUGAGCCCCAGGCUCACUUCCCCCUGAUGACCUCACAAUAUGAAGGCUGGCUGUUUGGACCAGUACAGGUAGCUGUUGGGUCAUCAGCAAGAAGUGAAGUGGAGGCAGAAAGAGUCCAAGCCCAGUAAACACUGCGUCGCAGCCUCUGCAGACACUUGCCCCAGUUUCCCAUCUGUGUCCUUGGGGGAGCUAGAGUCUGUUCUCUGCACACAGGCAGCUGGCUGGAGUUGCCUCCUCCAAGGCUUUCUGGUUUGUUCGUCUCCCCGCUGGAGCUGGCGUGACCGGCCUCUUUUCAAUGUAGACCACCAGCUCCCCUCCCAGCCUCUUGGGGCAGCAGACUGUCCAGCGUGCCCAGCCAGGCUGGGAGCAGCUUGCCCAACACACCGUCUCCUACUCUGCCGUCCUCCCGUGAGGCCUAGAGGCUGGCAGCAGGCCGUGGAGGAGGUCCCCCCGACAGGGAAUGGCCCCUCGCGCUCCCAGCAGCUCGGAUGGGCCCCCUGUCCACCCUCAGCAGAUGCCACUGAUGGGCCCCACAGGGACUUCGGGGAGGCAAAAAGCAGCACUCAGGACUCCCUUGACCCUGAUGUUCAGACUUUUAAAGAUUCUCAGAAACCACAGGAAAGUUACCAUUUCAGUAAAAGUACCUGUAACAAUAAAAUAUUAAUAAAACUUCCACCAAGCAUCACAGAGAA